AUGGUCAAUGAUAUUGAAAGAGAAAAAUUAUCGUCAGAACCCGAGCUUGUUGAUCCUUUUAAAAGAACUUUACGCCUAAAAAUAAAUGAGCUUCAGCUAACAAAAGAACAGAUUUACAAGGCCGAUGAAACUGGUUUGUAUUGGAAACUUCUGCCCGGAAAGACAUAUGUAGCUCGCGAAGAAAAAACUGCCCCAGGUAGGAAAACCGAGAAACAAAGAGUGACCUUUCUAGCAUGCACAAACGCGGCAGGUACUCACAAAGUGAAACCAUUAAUUAUUGGGAAAGCAAAAAAUCCACGUUCGUUUCGAAAUUUUAAUUGUCCCGUUCAUUAUAGAAACUCCAAAACUGCUUGGAUGACGGCAGCAAUUUUCAAAGAAUGGUUUCACCGAAUGUUUAUUCCUGAGGUUACGGAAUUCCUACAGAGCCAAACCCUUCCAGUUAAAGCCAUGCUUUUGUUGGACAACGCAGCCAGCCAUCCACCUGCAGAACAGCUAAGCAGUGAUGAUGGUUUCAUUUUCACUGUUUAUAUGCCACCUAACCGAAAAAAUUUGUUAUCACAAAUUAUUGGAACUAACCAGGAUAUCGGAGAUGCUCUAAAACAUAUUUCGUUAAAGGACGCCAUUCUAAAUUUGGUUUUGGCGUGGAGAAAUUUAAGGCCUGAAGUUAUAGAAAAAUGCUGGCAUAAUUUACUUUUACCAUUAGCCGACGAAGUUGACGAUGAGGAAGAUAACAUCCCCUUAAGUGUUUUACGGAGCCGAAUAAGAAAUGAAGACAUUGACACAGUGAGAUCAGAAAUCAUUACUUUAUUGCAGACUUUUAAUCCAGAAGUUCAUAUUCAACCUAUUGAUGUAGAUGAUUGGAAUAAAGAUAACUUACCUGACACAAAAGAAACUAAUGACCAAAGUGAAAGUGAUGGAAACAAGUACAAGAAGAAAUGGUAG